AUACAUUUCAAAGUAGCCCCAUUUAAAGAUGGUCUGCACUAAAUGGACUAGAAAGUUAAGCAGCAGGUUAAGAGAAAUGAACAGCCCUGACUUGGAAUAGAAUACAGAAAGGCAAAGGUCAGCUGGCUGUCAGCUGCCUGCACCGCUCUGUGAGACAGUUGAUUCUGAACUAUUCCAGAAGAGUGGGUUUGAGGGCUAUAUUGGUAGUGCCCAGGGUCACCCCUAAUUUGAAAACCACUCCCCACUAAAGGCUGGGUUGGUAUCAUGGUUUCCCUGGUAAGUUAAAUCUUUUUCAGUGAUUCAAAGAGUUUAAUCUACAGAACAAUAGGCUUUCCCUGAAGCAGACUGUACCCCUCAUCUGACCUUGUUCAUCUGGCUUCCUUUUUGUCUUACUGGGUAUACACCUAAAUAUAUCACAUAAUAGUAAUCUGUCCUAUAGACAGUUCACCGUUACAUACUGUGUGAACAGUCGAUCUUAGCUAGACUGUCAGCAUGCCAAUGUUAUUAAUCCCCUUCUUUUACAGCUUUUGUAUUCCUAUAACAGGUGGUAGAACUCCCAGGGAAUGAGGUUGAGAGUUAUGGGUCUUUUUCAGUUGCAAGAAGUUGAGAAAGCAAACAGCUAUUAGCUGCAUGUAUUCUCUUCCUUAUGAGCUUUAAGUUCUGGCACAUGACCCAACAUGAGUUAGGUUCAGUAUCUUGCUAGCCCCACUUCAUUCAGAACUUUGAUUUAGGCCAGAGGAGAGGAAGUGAAGUGGGCACUCAUGAGAGUAUUGAAGUGUGUAUUUGAAGACCUAUUGUAGGCGUGGUGGAAAACAGCUGUUUUCUGUGUCCACAGUGGACAGUGCAAAAGGAACAGAUGGCAGAUUAGAUGGUAAAAACAUAGAUAAAGGGCUGGUCAACCUUUAGAAUAGGAAAGAUGUGUCAAGGUCAUUUAUCCUAGUCUUUAUUCUACAGAUGAGGAAACUGAGGCAGGGGAGCACAGCCAGGUAUUGAAUCAGUCCUCAGGCUUGCAGUGGGUGUUUCCUGUAACCCUUCACUCCCAAUCCUCAGUCAUUGCAAAGGUUGGGACUAGGUGCUUAUUAAGUGCCCUAUGCAGCAAAGCUGGAUAGCCCUACCAACAGAACUCCCUCAAACCCACUCUUCUGGAGUAGUUCAGAAUCAGCUAGCUCACAGAGCCGUGGAGGCAGUUGACAGCCUUUCUGGAGUUUUUUGUUUGUUUGUUUGUUUUUGUCUUAAUCAAAAGUGUAUGUUUCUGACUUCUUGAAGAGGGGCGAGUGAAGUCCAGAAAGGAGUGGAAUAUUUUUCUGGAAAUCACUGUGAGCCAGAAUAUUUACUGAGAGUUCUUUGCCUUGGAAGAUACACAUUUGUUCCCAUGUCCCAUUUCUUCUUCCACACUAUACCUCAUCUCUUUAUCCUAAUGAUUUUUGGGUCCCUUGGUUUUCUCUUCCAUGGUGGAAUUGUGUUGGGGCAGGAGCUACCAACACCAUAGGGCACACCUCAGUUCGCCUAAAUAGACUAGCGAGGAUCUUCAAGCUGUUCUUUCUCUCUAACGUGUGGGACCCAGGGAUCAGAGGAAGUUGCUGGGAGGCUGUCCUGGCAAUGCAAGUGAAUUUAGAAAGAAAGAGAAAGCACACUAUUAGACAGAUAAUAGUCACUUAAUGAAGAAUUGUCGGACGAAUGAAUUACUGUGCUUCUCCCCCUUCUUCCCUUGUAAUUAUAGAGCUGAAAGAAACUAAAGACACAUUCAGUUCAACCUCUUCAUUUUAUGUGGUCAAGCAAGUGAAGACUACAAAUGUUAAAUGAUUUGUCCAAAGUCCUGUUAGGGGCUGUGCUGGGGAUAGGCAUAUGUCAUUCUGUGUCUUCAUAUUACAUUGGGUUGAACCAAGUGAAAUUGCUAUUUCCAUGGUUCAAAACAUUUGCUUAUGGAUAGUUUGUGAGGUGCAACCUAAAUAUGUUUGAAGGAGAAAUCCUGUAUACUUUUUAGUUCAAUAAUAGCAAUAAUAACCUUGGCCUUCUCUCUAAAACAAGCAAGCAUAUAAUAGGUAUCUUAUUGUGGUGAUCAAGAAUAGUGGUUCUGAAUCAGAUGAUUCUGGUUUGAUAUCCUUGGUCUUUGUAAGCUCAAGUUUCCUCAUCUACCAAAUAGGAAAAAUGUCAGGUAUAUCAUUUUUUAUUCUAAAGGUUAAAUGAGAUGAUUCUUUGAAGGGCUUAGUAUCGUGUCUGGUACAUAAUAAUUAUGUAGGAAGGGUAUUAUUCAUUGUAUACAUAAAUAAAAUAAUAAAACUUAUAAAGCUUUAAAACCUUAUAAUCCCUCUGAAUGGCACAGUCAUCUUUUCUGAAAUCUGUGGGAUAUGCCAUACUUCAUUGUUUAAGAUGGACAUACUUUUAUAUACAUAUUUGUAUAUUCUUUGUAUAUUAUGUUUCUGUUAGUUACAGAGAAUAUGCUUGGAAUGAUGUUCUAUUUUUAAGAUUUUUGUGUUGAUAAAAUGUGCUAUUGUCUCACACAAAUCAUUAUGGUAUAAGUAAAGCAAAGAUGGGUGAGUAUGCAGAAUUAGAUAUGAGUUCCAUAAAGGAAAAUCACCUUUUCUGUCACAGUCAUGCAUGAUUCUACUCAGCUUCUACCAGAGACCAGGUGUGUAUAGUCAAGACUCAAAAUGCUGUUGACUGACAAACUGAGUUAGUAAAUUCUUUUAAAACCUGGACCCUGGAACCAUAUCCAGUGUUUGUCCAUCUCUGCCUCAUGUAUCAGCAAAUAUCUCUACUGCCUGGUCAUGGAGACACCCAUGUGUGAAGUAUUUCUCAGAGAACUCCUCAUGACCCAGUGACACAUCCAUAGCAAAUAUGUUUUCAGACAGCUGCAUACUUAGGGGAAAAGUUAUCACCCUCAGUGUAAGAAUGGACUAAGGCACUCCCAGCCCUGAGAAGGAAGCAUUAGACUUACCCUAAAAACAAAUACUUCUGUAGCAGAGAAGAUAAACAUAGGUCCUCCCAUAGGGUCCUGCUUCCCUUCAGGAUGACCAGCCUACCAUUCUUGGGGUCAGUAGAAAUUGUGGGUGUCUUUCCCUAGUGCCUAUGCUGCCUUUGGGCAGGACCACUGCAAGGAACUAUGCGGGAGGGGAGCCAGCCCAAAACAAGCCUUCUGUUGUGAUUUACCAGAAAAGGUACUUGGAAUACACUAUCCUAACAGCUACCCAUAUAUACCCUGAUCAUCUUCCGCUCAAACUGGCCUCUUCCCAUUUACUCCAUCCUCUAUCUCCAUUUACUUUGUCCAUAUUACUUUUGCCAUUGUAAAUGGAAGCAAAGUCUGAUCUUUAGAGGAAAGGUGCUACAUGAAGGAAACACUGCUUAUUUGUUUAAAAAGGCAUAAAUUUACUAAGAAUUGGCCACCAUUUUGAACUAUGAAAUUAACACCAGUGUCUGGAAGUAUCUGUGGAAGGAUAUAAACAUUUCUUGAGCUUCUACAUAGGUGGCAUUGAGCUAAGGUAUUUAUGUACACCAUGUCUCAUUUACAAAGCCGCAUGCAAAAAUAUGUAUUAUUCUUCAUUUUGCUAAUGGGAAAACUGAGGUUCAGAGAAAUUAACUACCACAAGAUCAUACAGCAAAUGAUCAGUGCAGCUGUCUGACUGAAUCUCUGUAUGUGCUUGCUGCUACUGUAGGCUCAGUUGCAGAUGACCUUUAAUUUUGCAGUAGGCCUGUAAGGCAGUGGGCACAGCUGUUGCUGACCUCUGAAGUUCAGAAAAUUGGAGCAAAAGCAUUGUGAAUUUCUGGUUUAUCCAGCCCUACUGUGGGCGGUAGAAAAUGCAUACAUUCUUUUAUUCACUUAUUUAUUUACUUUUAAAAUUUUUCUUAAUGUUUAUUUAUUUUUGAGAGACUGAGAGAGACAGAGCAUGAGGAGGGGAGGGAGACACAGAAUCUGAAGCAGGGUCCAGGCUCCCAGCCAUCAGCACAGAGCCCGACGCAGGGCUUGAACUAACAAACUGCAAGAUCAGGCCCGAGCUGAAGUUGGACACCCAACCGACUGAGCCACCCAGGUAGGUGAUGCUCGGAUCUUGCUGCCUGUCCUCAAGUCGAUGAUCUGGAUGGAAGGAGAAUCAGUUGUGUCUAAAACUGGUCCAGAGUGGGAGUGUGAGGAGGAAUGCCACCGUAGGAACAAGUGACCUGUCUGGCAAGGAAUUCAGCGUCCUUCUGAGAGCCUCUUCUCCACCUUGUCCCACAGGCCACCACUUCCUCGCUGAAGAGGGUACGGAGGAUUUUGCAAUCAGUCACCUAAAACUUUAGCUGAGCCAACACACAAGACUUUUGUUGCAGAACUGAACAAGAUAUUAUUUCACUUAAUUUUUGUGUCUUUUAAUCAUUUGAACUACAGUCAUAGUUGUUUUGCUUUGAGAAUUGUAAGCCGGAUUUGUUGCUAUUAUCUUUGUGUAUGCGUCUCAAAAUGAUUGACUUGAGCUUCCUGACCGAGGAGGAGCAAGAAGCCAUCAUGAAGGUUCUGCAGAGGGACGCUGCUCUGAAGAGAGUGGAAGAGGAGAGAGUCAGACAUUUGCCUGAAAAAAUUAAGGAUGACCAACAGUUGAAGAAUAUGAGUGGCCAGUGGUUUUAUGAAGCCAAGGCAAAAAGGCACAGAGACAGAAUUCAUGGUGCAGAUAUCAUCAGAGCAUCCAUGAGAAAGAAGAAGCUCCAGGUAGCAGCUGAGCAGAGUAAGGACAGAGCAAAUGAGGCAAAGGAAAGCUGGGUGAAUAACGUCAACAAAGAUGCUAUCCUUCCCCCAGAGCUAACUGGUGCUCUAGAAGAGCCAGAGGAUGUAGCACCAGCAAGCCCAAGUUCUAGCGUGGUAAAUCCAGCUUCCACCGUGAUUGAUAUGUCCCAGGAAAACACAAGGAAGUCAGCUGUGUCUCCGGCUAAGCAAAGGAAGAACCCAUUUAAUAGCUCCAAGUUGCCAGAAGAUCACUUAUCUCAACAAACCAAAAGUGAGCCGUCAAAAAAUGGAAAGGCUGGUUUCUUUCAGACUUCAAAAGAAGGUGAAUUGUCAGAGUCAAAAGAAGAAUUGUCGAUCCCAGAUAUUUCAAGCCAAAAUUUAGAGAAACCAAAGCAGACAUUUCCAGGCCCUGAGAAUGGAUCUCAGAUCAAAGCUCCAAUCCCCAAAGCCAGGAAAAUGCUCCACAAAUCACAUGAGUUAAAGCAAGAUGAUAACCAGCCUUUUCCUAGACAAAGGACAGACUCCCUGGGUGCAAGGGGGGCUCCGAGAGGGAUCCUGAAGCGCAACUCCAGUUCUAGCAGCACAGACUCCGAAACGGUUCGUUUUCUUCAGAACUUUGAACCCAAAAGCAAAAUUGUGUCACCUGGCCUAACCAUCCAUGAGAGAAUUUCUGAGAAGGAGAAUUCCUUGGAAGAUGACGACUCUUCAAACUCCCUGGAGCCAUUAAAACAUGUGAGAUUCUCUGCAGUGAAGGAUGAACUCCCACAGAGCCCUGGGCUAAGCCAUGGCCGGGACAUAGGAGAAUUUAGUGUUUUAGAAUCUGACAGAUUGAAGAAUGGAGCAGAAGAUAAAGUGGACGUAGAUGAGUUUUGGAAUGACCCUAAACCUCCCCAGUACAGAAAGCCUUUGCCUUUACAUCAAUCAGCCUCAAGCCCAAGUGCAUCAAAAAAUGAAACAUGUCAGCCAAUGACUUCUGGUUCUUUUCCAAUUAAUGGGCACCGUUCUCCCUCACAAGUUUUAACUACAAGACCAGAGUCCAUUGAGAAUUCACCUACCAUCAAUGAACACAAAGCCAAACCAUCAGAAUUGUCAAGGCUUAAAUCAGAAUUGUCCAAAAGCCCUGCUGAUGGACUGUCUUGUGUUGAGCCUGAGCCAUCUCAGGUGCCAGGUCACAGUUCUAGAGACCAUCAGCAAGGUAAGCCCCCUCUUCUCAAGGCCCUAAAAGCAAUGACGUCCUCACACUCUGAUCCAUUUGCCACUGAGAUAAGGAAGACAACUGAUGAUUCCAUAUCUAAAGUCCUAGACUGGUUUAAUCGAAGUUGUCAUUCAGAAGACAAUAAGUCAUCUCUCCAACAUCCCCAAGGAAUAGAGCCCAAAGAAGAAAUAGACUCAGAAUCACAGGUUGCUACUACCUUGGUGACAGAUGACACCAGUGUAAAAGAAAGUGGUUCAAAGGCUCUAUUAUCUGCCAAAGUUAAAGUGACGCCUAUGGAAUCUGAUUUGACAUUCCAGGAAAAGGGAUAUAUGCUACCUUCUGGAAAUUGCCAAAAUAAUAAUGUGAAUAUCAAACCCAAACCUAUUAAUUUGUUCCAACAAGGCAAGGAAGGUCCAGGCAUAUUGCAAUCAUGUGAAAUCUAUGACCCAAAUCAAGGGAGUAAAACUAUGGACUAUAGCCAAGGUUCGAAAAACAUAGGAGAAGGAAAUCGGGUACUUCCCCCAACCAGUAACUAUUCCUACAGUGCUGUCACAGGACCUGAUGCAGAAGACCAAGUUCCAUGCAACAUUAAGGCUAUUGGCACCUUAGGUGAAGAAGAGCCUAAGCUUCAUGGUUUUGAAAAAAGUAGAGGAAACUCAGAAGUGAAUUUUGACUCUUCAACACUUGUCAAAGAACCAAGUUUGAAAGACAACACGAAGACAGAGAAAAAGAGCAAAGAAGAAGAUACAUACAUCCUGAAAGCUUCCUUAGAGCCAGAGUAUAUUGAGUCACCACAUGGAAUUGCCAAAGACAAAUCUUGGAAGAAGCCUGAAGUCCAAUUACAGGAUGCUGUUGAGGCUCCCAAGAACCAAGUACAAAGAGAGAAAUACAAAAGAGUAAGUGACAGAAUAUCUUUUUGGGAAGGUGAGAAAGCUGCUGCUAAAUUAACUCAUAAAGAACCCACAUCAUCAUGCAGUCAAGGGCGACCUUCUGCUAAAGCAUAUCAGCCUGUGAAGUCCAUGGACAAUUUAUCUACAGGCCAGACUGAAUAUAAUCAAGUCAUUAGCAAACAAGUGGUCCUAGAUGGCAAUGGCCACAUAGCCCAUCUCUCCAGCUUUUAUUCCUCGAAUAAAUCUAAAGAGACCAGGCCUCAGAAACCAGGUCCAUCCAAAAAUUAUCCUUCAGUUGACCAAUCAGGUGAAAUGUCUCCUUUUCAGAAUAGGAUAAAUGAGCCUAUAAAAAUGUUGCCAGAGGCUGAGAGCUGGCAUUAUAAAAGGGAUCUUACUUUACCAUCAUGGCAACAUCCUUCAAAUGUUGCGAGUGGAAUAUAUACUCCUUUGGAGAAAGACAGAUCCCUAAUUGGUGAAUCAAAUCCCAACUUUAAAGUUAUGUCCCUAAAAGAAAGAAUGGAUGAACCCAAUAUGGAACAGGUCUAUAAUCACUCUCAAUUUGAGAAUUUGAGAAAGUUUUGGGACAUAGGAGCCAAUACAAAUAGUCAAGACAAUGUUGAGAAGAAUACUACCAUAGUAAGCCAAAAACCUUUGGUGCCUUUUAAUAGCCAGAAACACAAAGAACUCAGUGACAUUAAAUCAUCAGGAAAAAAUAUGCAUGAAAUAGGGACACUUCCAGGUAAAAAAAAAUUACCAGCAAGAGAGGAAAUUGAGAAAUUAAAUUCAAAGUGCACACUCCAGGUGUUACCAGACGAAACCACAUUUCCAUUGAGACCAUCCAGAAGGUCUGCUCAUCAGUUGCCAGGAAAUGAGUCAUCAAAGGAAAAUGCGAAAAAGAAUACGGAAUGGUUUGUUACACCAGUGUUCAAGGAAGAAAAGGAUUACUCAGACCAAGAGAUACAAGAAUCAAUAGUAAAAACAAGUGUUUUGUCUAAAGACUACAAAGACACUUUUAAUGACAACUUACAGAAGUUACUUUCAGAAGCUUCAUCACCAGCCAUGCAAACUUCUGUUGGAAAAGUUCAUGAAAAACAAGUGCCUGAACGAGAGAUUUCUGGAAAUAAAACAUGGCCUCAUGACACAGAUUUUGUUGAUACUGAGGGAGAAGACAGAGGACAUGAGGAGAUCAUUAAUGAGCAUGUAGACAAAACAGUAGCUCCUCCAAAGGUCAAACCGAACACUUUGACUGCUAGUCUAGACAAACUCCUGAAGGAAGCAACUGGGACUUCACCUUCUCCCUUACCAACCAUGUUAGAACCUGUUACCACUAGGAUCAACUCUGAGCCUGAAGAGAGUAGAGUUUAUGAAAAAGGGAUAGAAUGGAGUCACAACAUAUCAGACUAUCAAAAAGAGAUAAUAGCUCCUUUUCCAAAAGGGGAAGAAACUUUGGGAAAUGCAGCUCUCCUUCAGAAAGCUGAAAGUGGUGAGUGCCAGCUAAACACGGAGGAUUUGUGUCAGAUGGCUGCAGAAAGUUCUCACUCAUUGGGUCGACCUUCUCAUCUAUACAGAAAGGAUUCUUUUGGGGAUGUGGCCAACUCUCCCCAAAAGAUGCCUUAUUCCAGGGAUGCUCAUCUUGCUCCCCAGGAUAAGGCAUUACCUUCACAAAGGGAAAUUUCAGAGACUGUGGAAAAAGUCAUUCUUCCACCUAACCCUGCCUUGAAGUAUGUAAAUGCUACAUUACAAAAGCUACUUAGAGAAGCUUGGUUGAGCUAUCCAGUUGGGAGGGGAGUAGUGCCUGCAGAAGUAAAAGCAGAAUUUCCUGAAGGAGUUGAGGCAGCAGGUAGCCCCCAGAAUUCUACACCAUGGGCUAUAAUGGACAUUUUAAUUCCAGACAGAAAGGAUUUUUAUCCCUUCACCGUAGUUCCUGAUAAAACUCAUAAAAUUGGAUCUUACUUAGCUGCCCGAGUAUCUCCAUCAGAACAAACCCUUUGUUCAUCUGAUUGCACUGUUACUCAGUAUGGCAAAAAGUUAUCCCAGGAAGUGGCAGAAAUUGUGAAGGAAACAGUUAUUCAACCUAAAUCAGAGUUCCUAGAAUUCAGUGCUGGCUUAGAAAAACUACUGAAGGAAGCAGUUGAAAGCCCCUCCUCAAAAAAUGAAAGUGAUACAGGGACUCUUUCUCCAUCAAAGCUAACAGGUAGUACUGAGGUGCCCAGGCAAGCUGCUUCUGAAUUCCAUCCUGAGGAAAUCAAAGAAACAGUAAAAAAGUCUGAGGUGCCAUCAAUAACUGAGAGUGCUUUUGAUAUGGGUUUUGAGAAACUUUUUAGAGAAGCAUCGGAAACUCCUUCUUACCUGCUCCAGUUGUCAGUGAAGGAAGAAACUCCCGAGAAGGAGUGUCCACAGUCAGAGCAGGACAGUUUCUUGAAGACAGUGCCCCAUUUUUACUGGACAGCCUCAGAGGCCUCUGAAAGGAAGCUUAAGAAUAAUGUUCUCAAAUCUCAAGUCAACCAGUGUGAUGAAGUGUUGGGCGGACACCAAGCUAUGACUGAUUUAUCAGUAGAUCUUUGUGGUCCUGACAGUGGGGUUGAGAUCUUUGGAACCCCACAGCUCUUUGCAGAACAUAAAAUAGGGGUCACUGAAACUAUAAUAGCCCCAGAGGACAGGGACAGUGAAAGUCAGGUUGCAGGGGUUCAAGAAGGGACUUCUCAGGAACCUGGCUUUGAAAAGGCUCCUAAAGCAAUGAGUGUGUCCACAAAUAGGCAACCCAUUUCUAUCCUGACAGACAAAGCAAACCCUACAAAAACAAGUAAAAUUGAAUUGAUUCUGGCAUCACCAUGUAAGAGAGAAGAGAAAAAGGAAGAGAAAGAAGGUUUCUCUGACUCUGAUUUUUCAGAUGGAAACAUUGGUUCCAAUGCAGAAAGCUGGAGAAAUACCUCUAGUUCAGAAGAAGAACCCAGUCCUGUCUUGAAAACUUUGGAAAAGAGUGCUACUAGGAAAAUGCCUUCCAAAAGUCUAGAAGACAUUUCAUCAGAUUCACCAAAUCAAGCAAAAGUAGAUAAUCUGCCAGAAGAAUUAGUACGUAGUGCUGAAGAUGAUCAAAAAGCAGAUCAGGAACCAGAUACAAAUGAAUGCAUACAAGGAAUUUCCACAGUGCCUUCACAACCUGAUCAUCAGUUUUCCCACCCUGACAAACUCAAAAGGAUGAGCAAGUCCGUUCCAGCAUUUCUCCAAGAUGAGAGUGAUGACAGAGAAACAGAUACAGCAUCAGAAAGCAGUUACCAGCUCAGCAGACACAAGAAGAGCCCAAGCUCUUUAACCAAUCUUAGCAGCUCCUCUGGCAUGACGUCCCUGUCUUCUGUGAGCGGCAGUGUGAUGAGUGUUUACAGUGGAGACUUUGGCAAUCUGGAAGUGAAAGGAAAUAUUCAGUUUGCAAUCGACUAUGUGGACUCAUUGAAGGAGUUGCAUGUCUUUGUGGCCCAGUGUAAAGACUUAGCAGCAGCAGAUGUUAAAAAACAGCGCUCAGACCCAUAUGUAAAGGCCUAUCUGUUACCAGACAAGGGCAAAAUGGGCAAGAAGAAAACACUUGUAGUGAAGAAGACCUUGAAUCCUGUGUAUAAUGAGAUACUGCGGUAUAAAGUCGAAAAGCAAAUCUUAAAAACACAAAAGCUGAACCUGUCCGUUUGGCAUCGAGAUACAUUUAAGCGCAAUAGUUUUCUAGGGGAAGUAGAACUUGACUUGGAAACUUGGGACUGGGACAACAAACAGAAUAAACAACUGAAGUGGUACCCUCUGAAGCGAAAGACAGCACCAGUUGCCCUUGAAGCAGAAAACAGAGGUGAAAUGAAGUUAGCUCUCCAGUAUGUUCCAGAUCCAAUUCCUGGUAAAAAGCUUCCUACAACUGGAGAAGUGCACAUCUGGGUGAAGGAAUGUCUCGAUCUACCUCUGCUAAGGGGCAACCAUCUAAAUUCUUUUGUUAAAUGUAUCAUCCUUCCAGAUACAAGUAGGAAAAGUCGCCAAAAGACAAGAGCUGUAGGGAAAACCACCAACCCUGUCUUCAACCACACCAUGGUGUAUGAUGGUUUCAGGCCUGAAGAUCUGACAGAAGCCUGUGUAGAGCUUACUGUCUGGGACCAUUACAAAUUAACCAACCAGUUUUUGGGAGGUCUUCGGAUUGGCUUUGGAACAGGUAAAAGCUAUGGCACUGAAGUGGAUUGGAUGGACUCUACUUCAGAGGAAGUUGCUCUCUGGGAAAAGAUGGUGAAUUCCCCCAAUACUUGGAUUGAAGCAACCCUGCCUCUCAGAAUGCUAUUAAUUGCCAAGAUUUCAAAAUGAACUCAGCAUCAACUGGCUCCUCCACUAAAAACCACUAAACAGGUGGAAUCUGAUCUUGAAAAUCUGACUGUGUGGACAGAGUUCUCACCUGCUACCUAUUUCCACUAACGGAUGCCACACAGCAUGUUCAAGUCAACCUGUAUGUGCUUCUUUGGUUACAAGGCCCAAGAGAUUUAAAUAAUAAUAAACAGUCUAACUUAUUUGUGCCCUCAACAUUAAAGAAGAUAUUUGAGAAAGCUAGCAAAAUCAAAUGGUACUGAGUCUUCAGGGAAAACGCUUUCAAAAAAUAUUAAAUAUGGGGUGAUGUUAAUGAGCAACAUUUUCUAGUUUGCUGUUGUGUUUCACACCACAAUUUUGUGCAACAGUUCAGAAGGCCUGCUUCUCGGUGGUUGAAAACCCUUGCAGGAACUGAAAAUGUACAGUUUUUGUAAAAGAGGGACAGAAAAACACUCCUAUAAGAAGUAGGGAGGGGGGGAAAUAUCAGUGAUGAUAAAGAAUUUGACCAUAAGAAAACGAUAUACUCUAUAAUCUCUAUUAUGAUAUGGAAUUCCGUGUUAGGGACUUGAGACUGAAUUUAUUGCAUGUAUUUCUUUCUGCCUUUGAAACUGCUUUCCACCCGGCCCCCAAUGUCAAAGUCUCAGAUGUGCUUUGGUGCCACCUCCUGGCUCAUAGGUGGAAUUCAGUUUUUGGCUUAAUUUUCUCCCAAGCUCUCAACCCUGUAUUUUGUCAUAGACUAUGUGAAAAAACCAAAAACCUUGCAUAUAUAAGAUUCUGGUUUUCCUGUAACUCUACUAUAUGAAAUUAGCAUGAGGGUGGUCACCGGCAUGUUUUGCAACAAAGUUUUAAUUAGAAUGUAAAUUGUUAAACUUUGCUUCCUAUGUAUAAUUUUCAUACAGUAUUUUGUAAAAACCCUUAGAAGAAAUUAUGAUAUGAUUUAAUUGUGUUGUCAAGUUAAAUAGACUUCUUAUUUUAAAUGA